AUGGCUCCCGGGGCGGGGAUCGAGCCGUGGGCGCUGGGCCCGCUGCCCCUGGUGUGGCUGGCGCUGGCGGCGGGCUUCCUGCUGGGCCUGCUGCUGCAGCUCGUGCCGCCCCGCCUGCUCCCCGGCCGCGCGCUCUUCCAGGACCUGAUCCGCUAUGGCAAGACCAAAGCGCUGGGGCCCGCGCGCCCGGCCGCCUGCCUGGCCUUUGAUGUCCCCAAGAGGUAUUUUUCUCACUUCUAUAUUAUCUCAGUGCUGUGGAACGGCUUCCUGCUUUAUUGCCUUACUCAAUCACUGUUCCUGGGAGCACCUUUUCCAAACUGGCUUUACAGUUUGCUCAGAAUUCUUGGGGCCACCCAAUUCCAAGGGGGUGAACUGGCUCUGUCCACGUUCUUAGUGCUGGUGUUUGUAUGGCUGCACAGCUGGCGAAGACUCUUUGAGUGCUUAUACGUCAGUGUCUUUUCCAACGCUGUGAUCAACCUUGUGCAGUACUGCUUUGGAGCUGUCUACUAUGUCCUCGUCGGCCUGACUGUGCUGAGCCAAGUGCCCCUGGAUGGCAGGAAUGUUUUUGUCAGAGAGAAAAGCCUCUUGAUGCAGACACGCUGGUUUCACAUUCUGGGAAUGAUGAUGUUCAUCUGGUCAUCUGUCCAUCAGUACCGGUGUCAUGUCAUUCUCGGCAACCUCAGGAAAAAUAAAGCAGGCGUGGUCAUUCACUGCAACCACAGGAUCCCAUUUGGAGAUUGGUUCGAGUAUGUCUCUUCCCCCAACUACCUCGCAGAACUGAUGAUCUACAUUUCAUUGGCUAUCACCUUUGGCUUCCAAAAUUUAACUUGGUGGUUUGUGGUGACCUAUGUCUUCUUCAGCCAAGCCCUGUCUGCUUUCCUCAGCCAUGACUACUACAAAAGCAAGUUUGUCUCCUAUCCAAAGCAUAGGAAAGCUUUUCUGCCAUUUCUGUUUUAAGAGAA